UCUCGGAUUAGAGUCGUCAUCUAGCUGGGCAAAGGAAAUAAAAAGAGUGCAAAUAACACGGUGACAGAUCUUUACCCAUGGCGUCCACCGAGAAGUCGGCCACCGCCGGCAGAGUAGGAGGAAGAGGGGGGAAGGAGACGCACUUCCGGGGGGUUAGGAAGCGGCCAUGGGGGAGGUACGCGGCGGAGAUACGGGACCCGGGGAAGAAGAGCCGGGUCUGGCUCGGGACCUUCGACACCGCCGAGGAGGCGGCUCGGGCGUACGACGACGCCGCCCGCCAGUUCCGCGGCUCCAAGGCCAAGACCAACUUCCCCCGCCCUGAUUCCUACCCGUACCCCGGCAGCCCCAGGAGCCAGAGCAUCACGGUGGGGUCCUACGGCAGGGAAGCCACCGAACCGCCGCUCAAGAUCCCGCUCCCGCCCCCGCUCGACCUCAAUAUUCAUCACCGUGGCGGCGUCGGCGGCUGCAAGCGGUUUCCCUUCCACCCAUACCCGACCGUCGCCGCCACCACAGUGCCGGCGGGAUACCCGCGCCUCCUCUUCGACAUGACGGUCAGAUCGGAAAAAGCGGCUGCGAUCAGUCGCCACCACCUCCUCACUCUGUGUCCGCCCACGAUCCUCGCCGAUCCGCGGGCCGCGAUGGCCUGCAGCGUUGAUAGCGACUCGGACUCCUCCAUCGUGGAUCUCCACCCUAGCCACCGCUCUCCGGCUUCGCACAAGAUGCUCCCCUUCGAUCUCGACCUCAACCUUCCCCCUUCACCCGAGAUCGCGUGAUCCAUCUCCUACCCCGCUACUUUAUCACAUCGACCAUCCCAGUCCGAGCACUUUCUUUCUCAUCUCUCCUUUCCAUCCCAUCCCUUUUACCAGGGCAAGUAAAAUGGUAACACCACCAACGGUGAGAGAAAGAGAAAAAAACUAUAUAUAUAUAUAUAUAUAUAUAUAUAUAUAUAUAUUUAUUUAUUCAUUCAUUCUUUCCACUACAACGGAAAUCCUCGGUGUCAUCCCUUCUCUCCUUUGUUGAUUAUUAUUAUUAUUAUUAAUAACACAAUUUUGAGAGAUUAUAUUAUCAUAAUAUAACGUAGAGAGAUUAUAUUUGUUUUGUCCCUCUACUUUGUUGAUUAUUAUUAUUGUCGAUUGGUGAUUCCCUCGAUUUCUUGAU